GUAUUUGCAGAACCACUCGAAAUAAUACACAUCAACUUGCCCAAUCCCUUGUCGCCACAUUAACCGGCAACGUGCGAACAAUCUGUAUGUUGUUAUAUUCGUAAAUAUCAUUUAAAUCGUCUCUGAAAUUUAUUCAGCUUUGUUGGCAAAAAUGAAGUUAUCUUAUAUUUUUUUCUUUACCUUCAUUCAUAUCUUCAGCAACAAUGUACAUGGAUUAGCUGUGAUGUCUGUAGAUAUUGGUAGUGAAUGGAUGAAAGUUGCUAUUGUAUCACCUGGUGUACCUAUGGAGAUUGCAUUGAAUAGGGAAUCUCAAAGGAAGACACCAGUCAUUGUAUCUUUUCGUGAUGGCGAAAGAGUAUUUGGAGAUCCUGCACUCACUAUUGGUGUUAGAUUCCCCGAUAAAGCAUUCAUGUACUUAAUGGAAGUGAUUGGAAAGACAGUAGAUAAUCCGCUUGUGGAAUUAUACAAAACAAGAUUUCCAUAUUACGAUAUAAAAGCAUCAGAAGACAGAAAAUCAGUCAUAUUUGUUCAUCCUGAUGGUAUGGAAUUUUCAGUUGAAGAACUCAUUGCCAUGGUGUUAAAACAGGCCCAAGACAUUGCACAAAAAGCAGCUGGUCAACCUAUCAAAGAUGCUGUGAUAACAGUUCCACCAUUCUUUAGUCAAGCUGAAAGAAGGGCCAUGCUUCAAGCUGCCAAACUCUCUGGCAUAAAUGUCUUACAGCUUAUCAACAGCAAUACAGCAGUUGCCUUGAAUUAUGGUGUGUUUAGAAGACGAGACUUCAAUGAGACACCCACUAAUAUAAUGUUCUAUGAUAUGGGAGCUGGAAACACAGUGGCUACCGUAGCAACCUAUCAGCUAGUUAAAUCAAAAGAAACUGGAGAAGUUAGUCCACAGUUAACAGUCAAAGGUGUCGGAUUUGAUCAAACUCUUGGGGGUCUUGAAAUGCAAUUACGAUUGAGAGAUUAUUUAGCAAAAGAGUUCAACAAGCAAAAAAAAACCCAGACAGAUGUAUUUCAAAAUAAGAGAGCUAUGGCAAAACUUUUCAAGGAAGCUGGAAGAGUUAAAAAAGUUUUAAGUGCAAACACAGAACAUAUUGCUCAGGUUGAAAGCCUACUGGACGAUAAAGAUUUCAAGCUUCCUAUUACAAGAGUUGAUUUUGAAACUUUAUGCAGCGAUCUCUUUGAAAGAGUUACAAAACCUGCUGAAGCAGCUUUGAAGUCUGCAAAUAUGGAUUUAGUUCACGUUGACCAAGUGAUUUUAUCGGGCUCUGGUGCGAGAGUUCCUAAAGUCCAGCAGCAGCUUACAGAAUACAUCCAGAAAGAAGACCUCGGAAAGAGCCUGAACACAGACGAGUCUGCAGCCCUGGGUGCCGCUUAUCAGGCUGCUCAUUUGAGCAAGGGCUUCAAGGUGAAAUCCUUCCUGAUAAAGGAUGCCAACCUUUAUCCCAUUCAAGUAGAUUUUCAAAGAGAAUAUGAGCUGGAGGACAAGACAACGGGCGUUAAGACUGUGAAGAGAAUUCUAUUUAAUCGUAACAACCCCAUUCCCGUAAAAAAGAUCAUGACAUUCAAUCGACAUGUAAAAGAUUUUGAGUUUUAUGUCAACUAUGGUGAAUUGAAUUUCUUGACUGACUUUGAAUUAAAAUCCCUUGGUUCUCUGAAUAUCUCUAAAGUCUCUCUGAAGGGUGUGGAAAAUGCAAUUUCAAAACACAUGACUGAGAAGACAGAAUACAAAGGUGUCAAAGCUCACUUCAAAAUGGAUGAAAGUGGAAUAUUGUAUUUGGAAGAGGUUGAGUCUGUGUUUGAGAAAACAGAAGAAGAGUCACCAGAAUCUAAACUAGAAUCUGCAUUCAACAAGCUAGGCAGUACAUUGGGCCGACUGUUCUCUGGUGGAUCCACUGAUGAAACAGAAGAGGAACCUAAAAAGCAGACAGAAGAAACAAAAGCAGAAGAGACCACCAACAAGACCAAGGAGGCAAAUGAGACAGAACAGUCUCAAAAUAUUAACAAGGAGAAAGAAAAGAAUGCAACAGAAUCCAAGAGCGAAGUCAAGAUUGUGAUUCUAAAAGAACCCGUCGAGUCCUCGGAGCAGCACCUCGAUCUUCCUCCUCUGGUGAAAGAGAGCAUUAAAAAAUCGGUUGGCAAACUCAAAGAUCUAGAUGAUCAUGAUCGUGCCAGAUUUGCCAAAGCGAAAGCAAAAAAUUCUUUGGAGUCUUUCAUUGUGGAAACAAGAGAUAAACUCUACAGGGAUGAGUAUGAGAAAGCUUCGACUGAAGAAGAGCGCAACAAUAUCCAGCAGAGUUUGAGCCAGGCUAGUGAUUGGCUGGAAUAUGAGUCUGAUGAUGCUGAUACAAGUGUUUUCAAGAGUAAAUUGGAAGAUUUGAAAAAGCUCACCAAGGAUUUAUUUGAAAGAAUUAAAGAACACCAUGACAGACCAGAAGCAUUAAAAGCUUUCAAUGAAAUGCUCAACAUCAGUAAAGUUUUUCUGGGCUCUGCCCGAAACAUGACAGAGGAACAGCAGAUAUUUACUGAAGUUGAAAUGAAGACUUUGGAAAGUUUAAUUGAUGAAACUGAGAAAUGGGGUAAGGAAAAUGUUGCCGAACAAAAUGCUUUGCCACUGAGUCAAACUCCAAAACUGACUGUUAAGCAGAUAGGAGAAAAAGUUGCCAACUUAGAUCGUGAAGUGAAAUAUCUUUUGAACAAAGCUAGAUUUGCACAGCCAUUAAAGAAGAAAGAGACUAAGAACAAAACUGAGUCAGAGAAAAUUAUUGAAGACACAGUUAAUGCAACAUCAGAGAAUGAAAAUUCCACAAAAAGCGUAGAGGAGGAUACACCAGUUUUGAGUGAUCCUGAUGCUGCUGAAGCUACUGUAGAAGACUCAGGAGUCGUAAUGGAAGAAGAUACAAUAACACCGUCUCCUACGACGACGAAGCCAAGCGGGUUGAAGGAUGACGAACACUCAGAGCUAUGAAAUUAGUAUUUAUUUAAUAAAUUUAUUUUAGGUGGAAAUUAAGCAAUUGCACGCAACAACAGCUACUGAUUGUGAGUGGACUGUAUUUUUAUAAAUUGGAAUAACUUGACUUUCAUUUUAAAAUGUUUAUUGUUAAUAAAAUUCUUAUCUGUUUAUACUAUUUAAGGGAAUAACUUUUUUAAAACUGGACUGUUUGUACUUAAUGUAAAUGUUGCUUGGCAGUAUUAUUAUAAUUCAUUUUAAAUAAAGAAAGAAAAAUAGUUAAUGGUCAGAUCUAAAUUUCAAUCUUAGAAUAUUUGUUUUUAAAAAGAAUUUCUUUUCUAAGUUAUACAUAUGAGUCAUAAGAAUUUUAAGUUCAUUUAAAACAUGAUCAGACUUUGUUAUAAAUGCAAUUAUACUUAAGAGUUGUAUCUAUGUAAUAUAUUAAGUGUUUAUACUCAUUUUUAUUUUGAGAAUUCAUAAUUUAUUUACUUUUUUUUAUAUUUAUUUAACAAUAGAAAUCAAAAUGGUCCUGGUGUCUUUACAUUUAUUUUUUUUAUUGUUCAUGGAGUGUCAUGUAUCUGCACACAUUCAGUUUGUAUGACUGCUAUGAUUUUUAUUUAUUAAAGUUACGAACACAGAUUUGGUUUAUCUAUAUAUUCUUAAAACUAAGAUGAUUUGACUUUUUUUCCAUGAAUAAGUAAACGAAACUAUAUUUUAAAACAGUAUUUACAUUCUUUUAAAGUUAUAUUAAAUGUAUAUUUAUUUCCUUUUUAAAACUGUUUGCCUAUUUACAAUAUUCAAGAGCUUCUGGUAUUGCAAUGUUAUCAAUGAAUUAAUUUUCAGAUAUCCAACUUGUAUAUAUAUCUGUUCUGUUGUGGUAGAUGAAUGAAAUAUCUUGAGCACUUGGGACUUUUUUUUUUUGAAGAAAAAAAAAGUGUAUCACAACAAUGUUAUUUAUUGUAUGUCAUUCCAAUAAUGUACAUUUAAUGAAUAUGUGCAUCAUAAACAUGUGUAAAUAAAAGCAACAGUGAGACCAAA